AUGUCGGUGCCACUCGCCAAGCUGUCUUGCCCCGCAUAUCAGUGCUUUCAUGCCUUAAAAAUUAAGAAAAAUUAUCUACCUCUGUGUGCUACAAGAUGGACUUCAACUUCCGUUGUACCUCGAAUUACUACCCACUAUACUGUUUAUCCCCGGGAUAAGGACAAACGAUGGGAAGGAGUGAGCAUGGAGAGGUUUGCAGAAGAAGCAGACGUAGUAAUAGUUGGUGCGGGCCCUGCAGGGCUGUCUGCCGCUGUUCGGCUAAAGCAGUUGGCUGCUCAACAUGAAAAGGACAUCCGUGUGUGUCUGGUGGAGAAAGCUUCUCAAAUAGGAGCUCAUACUCUCUCAGGGGCUUGCCUCGAUCCACGUGCCUUUGAAGAACUAUUCCCAGACUGGAAGGAGAAGGGAGCUCCACUUAACACCCCUGUAACAGAAGAUAGGUUUGCAAUUUUAACACAGAAAUAUAGAAUUCCUGUGCCAAUUCUUCCAGGUCUUCCAAUGAAUAAUCAUGGCAAUUACAUUGUACGCUUGGGACAUUUAGUAAGCUGGAUGGGAGAGCAAGCAGAAGCCCUUGGUGUUGAAGUAUACCCUGGUUAUGCCGCUGCUGAGGUCCUUUUUCAUGAAGAUGGUAGUAUAAAAGGAAUUGCCACUAACGAUGUAGGCAUACAAAAGGAUGGUGCACCAAAGACUACAUUUGAGAGAGGACUAGAACUACAUGCCAAAGUUACAGUUUUUGCAGAGGGUUGCCAUGGACAUCUAGCUAAGCAACUAUAUAAGAAGUUUGAUUUGAGGGCCAAUUGUGAACCCCAAACCUAUGGAAUUGGACUGAAGGAGCUAUGGCUUAUUGAUGAAAAGAAGUGGAAACCUGGGAGAGUAGAUCACACUGUUGGCUGGCCCUUGGACAGACACACUUAUGGAGGCUCUUUCCUUUACCAUUUAAAUGAAGGGGAACCCCUGGUGGCUCUUGGUUUUGUGGUUGGUCUGGACUAUCAAAAUCCAUACCUGAGUCCGUUUAGAGAGUUCCAGAGGUGGAAACACCAUCCUAGCAUUCAGCCAACAUUGGAAGGUGGAAAAAGGAUUGCGUAUGGAGCCAGAGCUCUCAAUGAAGGUGGCUUUCAGUCUAUACCAAAACUCACCUUUCCUGGUGGCUUAUUAAUUGGUUGUAGUCCUGGUUUCAUGAAUGUUCCCAAGAUUAAAGGUACUCACACAGCAAUGAAAAGUGGAGUUUUGGCAGCAGAAUCUAUUUUUAAUCAAAUAACUAAUGAAAAUCUCCAAUCAAAGACGAUAGGACUCCAGGUAACAGAGUAUGAGGACAAUUUGAAGAAAUCAUGGGUGUGGAAAGAGCUAUAUUCUGUUAGGAAUAUAAGACCGUCCUGCCAUGGAUUCCUGGGUUUAUAUGGAGGAAUGAUUUACACUGGAAUCUUUUACUGGAUAUUUAGGGGAAUGGAACCAUGGACUCUAAAACAUAAAGGUGCUGACUCUGAUCGGCUCAAGCCAGCCAAGGAUUGCACACCUAUUGAGUAUCCGAAACCUGAUGGACAGAUUAGUUUUGACCUUUUGUCAUCUGUGGCUCUGAGUGGUACUAAUCAUGAACAUGACCAACCAGCACAUUUAACCUUAAAGGAUGACAGUGUACCUGUAAAUAGAAAUCUGGCGAUAUAUGAUGGGCCUGAGCAGCGCUUCUGCCCUGCAGGAGUUUAUGAAUUUGUACCUUUGGAACAAGGUGAUGGAUUUCGAUUACAGAUAAAUGCUCAGAACUGUGUGCAUUGUAAAACAUGUGAUAUUAAAGAUCCAAGUCAGAAUAUUAACUGGGUGGUACCCGAAGGUGGUGGAGGACCUGCUUACAAUGGAAUGUAA